AUGGCAAUGAUGAAUGGGCUAAAUUCUUUCAAGGAAAAUUUCAAGACAAAAAAUUGGCUUGAGUAUUACAAAAAGUCUUCAAUCUGGCCAGGAAUCAAGUGGGUUGCUGCUGAUGUGUUUGAACAUUCUAGAUGGUUGGUAGGGGAUGGAAAAAAUAUCUCUUUUUGGAAUGAUAUAUGGAUAAAAGACAAGCCCUUUAAAGAUAUCUUCCCUGAAAAUGCUAUUAUGCUACAAAAUCCAAAAAUGAAAGUGGCAGAACUGAUAAGAGAUGGAGAAUGGAAGAUUCCAGCAAGCUUUCUUGAAUUCUUUUCAACUUCAGAGUUACCAGUGAUAGACAACAAAGAAGAUAGGAGAAUAUGGAGUGCCACAACUUCAGGUAAAUUCACUGUUGCUUCUGCUUCUGAUUGCAUUAGGAAAAAAUAUCAUUCAGUACACUGGGCAAAAAUAGUAUGGCACAAGAGCGUUCACCCAAAUGUGUCCAGUAAUGUAUGGAAGAUAGUGAGAGGGGUUGUACCAUCAUAUGAAAAUAUGAAGAAGAAAAAAUUUCAACUAGCAUCAAGAUGCCCAUUCUGUAAAAAGGAGGAGGAAAAUAUGGAGCACAUCCUUUGGUUCUGUGAUUUUAGUGAAAUAAUUUGGAACUGGCUUGGUGGAAUUUUUCAAUUCACUAAUCCUAAAUCAUUGAAAGAUAUUCUCAAGUUUGCAAAACAUAAGAGUCCAGCAAUAAAAGAUCUAUGGAGAGUGGCAGCUCUUGUUACUUUAAAAGAGAUUUGGUUCUUGAGAAACAAAAUAGUUUAUGAAGAAGAACAAUUAAACAUCAGUACUCUAAAGCAAAGGAUUUUGCGUUUUACAAAAGAAAGUGAUGUAAGAAUGAUAGGUAAUAUGUGGAAUUCUACUUAUGAUUUGCAGCUUUUGAAGUUCUUUGGUUUGAACUGUAGAAGAGUGAAGUUAACAAAGAUUACAGAGAUAUACUUCCAUCUUCCUAAUCCUCCAAUUAUUCUGCUAUGCUGUGAUGGUGCUUCAAGAGGAAGCAGGACAUGGUUUUAUUUACAGUCAGGGAUCUGGUGA